AAUCCCCUUCUUUACCCAGUUAUCAUGUCAAGGACAGUCUGCUUGAAGAUGGCCACGGGGGCCUUCACAGCAGGAUUCCUGAACUCAAUUAUUCAUACCAGUUACAUAAGUAACUUAUCCUUCUGUGACUCCAAUGUCAUCCAUCACUUUUUCUGUGACAGUCCCCCAGUCCUCAAACUCUCUUGCUCUGAUACUCAAAUGAAUGAAACUAUCAUUUUCAUUUGUGCUGGAAUAAACAUGUUAGGAACACUUUUAAUCAUCCUUACCUCUUACGUCUAUAUCCUGUUCUCUAUUCUACGCUUGCAUUCAGUUGAAGGGAGACGCAAAGCAUUCUCCACCUGUGCUUCUCAUAUUACAGCCAUUGUUGUAUUUUAUGGAACUGAGAUUAUUACUUACUUGUGUCCAAGUUCAAACUACUCCCCAACUCAAGGAAAAGUGUUAUCUGUAUUCUACACAAUGAUUAUCCCAAUGUUGAACCCUUUGAUAUACAGCCUGCGAAAUGAAGAAGUGAAGAGGGCUUUAAAGAAUGCUAUCAUUAAGAGGGGCAGCUAG